UCAUUUUCUUCAAAACAGAGAUCUCUCUCAGCUGGAUUGAAACGGUCAAGAUUUUGAAAAAUGAGCAGGAAAAAUUCUGUUAUAUCUUACACAUCUUCAGGGAUCAAUGACAAGGUGCAGACAUUCAGCCUGAAACGGGAGGUUGGUUUGGUCAGUGCCGUGUCCCUGAUAGCGGGCACGAUGAUCGGAUCAGGAAUUUUCAUGUCCCCCCAGUGGGUGCUGUACAAUAUCGGAAGUCCAGGAGGAAGCUUGGUGAUCUGGGCAGCGUGUGGUGUCCUGGCUAUGCUGGGGUCUCUCUGCUAUGCAGAGCUGGGGACUGUCAUUCGGGAAUCGGGAGGGGAGUACAUCUAUAUUCUCCGGACGUCAGGGCCUCUGCCAGCCUUCCUUCUCGCCUUCACCGCCACGUUUGCAGUGAGGCCAGCCAGCAUUACAGGAAUAUCCCUGAGCUUUGCAGAGUACGCUGUGGCCCCCUUUUAUCAGGGCUGCUACCCACCUCAGCUGGUGGUCAAGAGUGUGGCUGCUGCCUGUAUACUGACACUAGCAAUUGUGAACUGCCUCAAUGUUCGGUUCUCAAUGUCCAUCCAAGUCAUCUUCACAGUGGCCAAGGUGCUGGCCCUGUUGGUGAUCGUGAUCGGAGGAGUGCUGCUGCUCUUUAGAGGACACACAGACAGCUUCCACAAGGCAUUUGAAGGCACAAUAGUUGGCAUAAACAACAUAGGAGUGGCCUUUUAUCAAGGUCUGUGGUCCUAUGAUGGGUGGAACAAUUUGAAUUAUGCAACUGAGGAACUGAAACGCCCCGAGGUGAAUCUGCCACGAGCACUGAUGAUAGCUAUCCCCAUGGUAACAGCGCUCUACCUGCUGGUAAAUGUCAGCUACCUGGCAGCCAUGACUCCCAGAGAACUCAUGUCUUCCAAUGCUGUGGCUGUCACAUGGGGGACCAAAGUGCUUGGCAGCUGGGCUUGGCUGAUGUCAGUGGCUGCUGCACUGUCUGCUUUCGGGUCUCUCAAUGGGACUUUCUUCAGUGGAGGGCGAGUGUGCUUUGUGGCAGCAAGAGAAGGACAUAUGCCGGACAUCCUGGCGAUGGCUCACGCCCGACGCCUGACUCCUUCCCCUGCUCUGAUUUUCACCACAACAUUAUCUUUGUUGGUGCUGAUACCAGGAGACUUUCAGACUAUCGUUAACUUCUUCAGCUUCACUGCAUGGUUCUUCUAUGGGAUAACACUGUCUGGCCUUCUUUAUCUAAAGAUUAGGAAGCCACAUCUUCACAGACCUUACAAGGUCCCAUUUAUCAUUCCAAUCAUGGUAUUAAUUGCUGCAGUCCUACUGGUCUUGGCCCCAAUUGUUGACAACCCUCAGAUUGAAUACCUGUAUGUCACCCUUUUCAUUAUCAGUGGCAUUUUCAUCUACAUUCCUUUUAUACACUUCAAGCUUUGCCCAGGGGUUUUUAAUAAAGCAACAGUGUUUUUACAGCUUUUCCUUGAAGUUUCUCCAGCUGACAAAAAUGUAUAAUAGAUGAAGAUGGGGGUUAGACAUCACACCUUAUUUUGUGUGCUUGUGUGCUUUUUUGUAACUUUUUUUAUGGAUUAAGUCUUGCUGCAAAUGUUACAGGGCGGGGUCCAAUGGACCCUGAGCUUCUAAGACAGGUGAGUCUUCAUCUACAGGGUGAAAAAAUCUCUUAGUUAAAUUAGUGUCUCUGUGCCUGAUGGUUUUAACAAGUUUUAAAGACAAAACUCUGCAUACACUCACAGAAUUGUGUUCUGUUACUGAUUAAUCUGAAUUCUUGAUUACUUGCUUUGUUCAAUGAAUACCCAGAAAAUGAAUGAAUUACCCAGGCAGAGUGGUGUUGUGACAGUUCGUGCUGCUACAGUACCUCACAGCUCUUGAGAGCUCACAAUUCUUGUCUCAGGCACCCAUCUGGGUGGGGUUUGCAUGUUUUCUCUAUUUUCAUGUUGGUCUUUGUCACACAGUACAAUUUCCUCCUGUCUGCGGAGGUGCAGGUUAUGUUUUAUUGGUUUUUGUCUGGCAUGGAAUGAGCAUAUUUUAAAACUUUUUGUGAAUGAUUUUUACCAUGAAUUGGUACUGAUUGCUACUGAAAGAAUCGUCUGUUAUUUUUUACAUAGGGGUAGUUUUUGUAUUGCCAGAUCCAUCCAUUCUUUCACAAUUAGCCAUGUUGCUUGUGUGAUUCACACAAAUGUGUUAUGGUUUUAUGGUACGCCCUGGGGAGGGGGUGGCAUAACAUAGAUCUUUAAAAUAGGCAGGACACUGCAAAACAGACACACAUGCAGGCAUAAGCUAAAAACUUUUCUGUUUCAUUUAUAGAGUUUGUGGAAAACCAUAAAAUAAAACUUAAGCUCCUCUAUGAGCUCUGCUUACACUUUUUCUUUUAUCCUGCAUGGCCUGAGUUUUUGUCCUUGUGUAAAAAAGGUAAGAAGUGCUCGUGUAUACUAGAAAUGCUUUAAUUGCUAGAAAAAUAACUCAUUGUAAUGUCAUUGUUGUAAAACAAUAUUUACGUGCAGAGAAACUUAAAAAGUCCAGACUCUUCUCUCUACACCUACUGUAUUUUGAAUGUACCCAUGUUGAGUAGUCUGAUGUUAUACGGUUGUCUAAUGAUUGUUUUACAUAAGGUGUGUAUAUACAAUCGUUUUACUUCAUUCAUAAAAUUAUCAGUUUUAUUUAUAUUGAAUGAUGAUGAGUGAGAUACUGUACAUUCAUAUAAUAUUGAUGCAUCUACAAUUACCUGAGAUCAAUGAAUAAAUAUGUGUUGAACAAAAGCUUUUUUUCAUUUACACAUAGGAAAAGUCUGCCAACUGUGAACCUUGAAUGUGGCCAAGAUUAUUUAUUUAAUGGCAUACAAUUCACAUUAGACUUCGGAGUGUAUGCAGUGUUCACUCACUUUGUGAUCUAAUGUCAUUGCUCCCUGGAGAUCUUCACUUCUUACUUUUUGUAGGUGGCAACAAUCCAAGAAUCAAAGUUAAAAUACUUUUUUCUAUUGGAGGAAGUUCCUCUCUAUCAGUAGCCAGGACCUUAGCUGGUUACAGACCCCAAAAGCCCCUCAAAAGCUAUAUAAGUUCCAGAACGUCUAGAUUCCAAGUUCCACAGUGUAAUCACCAUUGGUCACUCCCUUCUCCCUGUGGUGCAGCACAUCACCGAGGCUCAACUCUCUUACAAAAGAGAAGAGGCUGAUGAAACUUGGAAGCCUCCACUUCUGAUUUUUUAAUUGGCACCUGACCAAUUGUCUUCCUCCAAUAGAUCAGAUGAUGACAGGUCAUUCCCUACUGCUUCCUAAGGAAUGGAUCCUCUUGUCUGAAUCCUCUUAAAGUGUUUAUACACAUCUACUAUUUGUAAAUGAGUUUUGAUCUACAGUAGAUAUUAUAAUAUAUUGCAAUAAACUGUACAUUAUUAGAAUUGAAAUAUUGAUAUGUUGUGCUUUCGGUUACUUUCAGAAGAUUGUUUCUGCAAUUCUAAACUUUGGUGGCUGCUACAAAGGGAAAUUAAACCCUCGUAUGUCUGAAAGCAUCUUCUGAAUCCAUGAUGGAAAGGAUAUUAUUCUUUCACUGCCCUUGUUAACUAGGGUUAAUUUGUGUGGUUUUUGCUAUAUAUUUGUGCUGAGUUGCACCAGUAUGCACUCUGUAGGUCCUAUUCUGUCCU